AGGAGGUGCAGGAGGAGGAGAAGCCCGGAGAGAGCGAGCGAAACGCGGGGAGCAAGAUGCAGCUGGCCGCGGUGCUGUGCGGAGCCCUGGUAACUUUACUGCUCGACCACACUCCAGGUGUUCAGGGCAGCGCCGAGUGUUCGUGUGGGAGGAGUCACUUCACGUGUGCGGUCAGUGCGUUCGGGGAGUGCACCUGCAUCCCGGCCCAGUGGCAGUGUGACGGGGACAACGACUGUGGGGACCUCAGCGACGAGGACGGAUGCAUGCUCCCGACCUGUUCGCCGCUCGACUUCCACUGCGACAACGGCAAAUGUAUCCGUCGCUCGUGGGUGUGUGACGGAGACAACGACUGUGAGGACAACUCCGACGAGCAGGACUGUCCUCCCAGGGAGUGUGAGGAAGACGAGUUCCACUGCCAGAACGGCUACUGUAUCCGCAGCCUCUGGCACUGUGACGGGGACAACGACUGUGGGGACAACAGCGAUGAACAGUGUGACAUGCGUAAAUGUUCGGACAAGGAGUUCCGCUGCACAGACAGCAGCUGCAUCGCCGAGCACUGGUACUGUGACGGGGACACGGACUGUAAGGACGGGUCAGAUGAGGAAAACUGCCCGUCGGACGUGAUGACGGCCACCUGCAGCGUGGAGGAGUUCCAGUGCGCGUAUGGACGCUGCAUCCUGGACAUUUACCACUGCGACGGGGACGACGACUGCGGGGACUGGUCGGACGAGUCGGACUGUUCCUCCCACCAGCCCUGCAGGUCGGUUGAGUUCAUGUGCAGCAGCGGGAUGUGCAUCAACGCCGGCUGGAGGUGUGACGGCGAGUACGACUGUGACGACCAAUCGGAUGAGAAGAACUGCACCACGUCCAUGUGCACGGCCGACCAGUUCCGCUGUGGCACCGGACGCUGUGUGCGUUUGUCGUGGAGAUGCGACGGCGAGGACGACUGCUCGGAUCGCAGCGACGAAGAAGGCUGCGAGAAAACUGAGAGUCCUCCGUGUGCCCCGGAUCAGUUCCAGUGUGGGAACGGACGCUGCAUCGGUCAGAGGAAGGUCUGCAACGAGGUCAACGACUGCGGGGACGGGACGGACGAGCACCCGCAUCACGACUGCCGGCCGCGCUCCAGCGAGGGCAACUGUAACCAGAAUAAUGGAGGCUGCUCCCAGAAGUGUCAGAUGGUCAGAGGACUGGUCCAGUGCACCUGUCACACUGGCUACAGACUGAUGGACGACGGCAAAGCCUGCCAGGAUGUGGACGAGUGUGCCGAAGAAGGCUACUGCAGCCAGGGCUGCACCAACACGGAGGGGGGGUUCCAGUGCUGGUGCGUCCAGGGCUACGAGCUCCGACCCGACAAGCGCAGCUGCAAAGCUCUGGGGCCGGAGCCGGUUCUGCUGUUCGCCAACCGCAUCGACAUCCGGCAGGUUCUGCCGCAUCGCUCCGAGUACACGCUGCUGCUCAACAACCUGGAGAACGCCAUCGCCCUGGACUUCCACCACGACCGCGAGCUGGUGUUCUGGUCGGACGUGACGCUGGACCGCAUCAUGAAGGCCAACCUGAACGGCUCCAACGUGGAGGAGGUGGUGUCCACCGGCCUGGAGAGUCCAGGUGGACUGGCCAUAGACUGGAUCCAUGACAAGUUGUACUGGACGGACUCUGGGACGUCCCGCAUCGAGGUGGCCAACCUGGACGGGACGCACCGCAAGGUGCUGCUGUGGCAGAACAUGGAGAAGCCCCGAGCCAUCGCUCUGCACCCCAUAGAGGGGAAGAUCUACUGGACCGACUGGGGCAACACGCCGCGCAUCGAGUACGCCAACAUGGACGGAUCGAACCGGCGGGUCAUCGCGGACACGCACCUGUUCUGGCCCAACGGCCUCACCAUCGACUACGCCAGCCGCCGCAUGUACUGGGUGGACGCCAAACACCACGUCAUCGAGAAGGCCGACCUGGACGGACGCAACCGCAAGGCCGUCAUCAGCCAAGGCCUGCCCCACCCGUUUGCCAUCACGGUGUUUGAGGACAGCCUCUACUGGACCGACUGGCACACCAAGAGCAUCAACAGCGCCAACAAGUUCACCGGCAAGAACCAGGAGAUCAUCCGCAACAAGCUGCACUUCCCCAUGGACAUCCACACCCUGCACCCCCAGAGGCAGCCCGCAGGGGGCUGGAACCGAUGUGGCACCAACAACGGAGGCUGCAGUCACCUGUGUCUCCCCAGCAACAUGACCUUCACCUGCGCCUGUCCCACCGGCUUCAAGAAGGUCGACCACCUCAGCUGUGCUGAUGGUCUUGACAAGUUCCUGCUUUUUGCCCGAAGGACGGACAUCCGACGAAUCAGCUUCGACACCGAGGACAUGUCCGACGACGUCAUCCCUCUGGCCGACGUGCGCAACGCCGUGGCGCUCGACUGGGACGCCAGGGACGGCUUCAUCUACUGGACGGACGUCACCACGGACUCUAUCAACAGAGCGCUGUGGAACGGCUCCAAGCAAGAGGUGGUGGUCGACACCAGUCUGGAGAGUCCAGCAGGUUUGGCGAUUGACUGGGUGACCAACAAGCUCUACUGGACCGAUGCUGGUACAGAUCGUAUCGAGGUGUCGAACGGCAAUGGGAGCAUGCGCACCGUCCUGAUCUGGGAGAACCUGGACCGGCCCCGGGACAUUGUCGUCGACCCGAUCGGAGGCUUCAUGUACUGGACCGACUGGGGGGCCAACCCGAAGAUCGAGCGCGCAGGAAUGGACGCCUCCAAUCGCGUGGUCAUCAUCUCGUCCAACCUGACGUGGCCCAAUGGGCUCGCCAUCGACUACGAGACCCAACGCCUGUACUGGGCCGACGCCGGCAUGAAAACCAUCGAGUUUGGAAACUUUGAUGGUUCUGACCGUCAGGUUCUGAUUGGCAGUCAGCUGCCUCACCCCUUCGGCCUGACUGUGCACAAGGACAAGCUGUACUGGACAGACUGGCAGUCCAAGAGCAUCCAGAGCGCCGACAAGCUCACCGGGCUGGGACGCCAAACGCUGGCUGAGAACCUGGAGAACCUGAUGGAUAUUCACAUGUUCCACCGGCACCGUGAGACAGUGCACAACCCCUGUGCCGUGAGCAAUGGAGGCUGCAGCCACCUCUGUCUCCUGGCUCCAGCUCCCAAAGCCUCCAGCUGCGCCUGUCCCACCGGGAUCAACCUGCAGCCGGAUGGAAAGACCUGCACGUCAGGAAUGAGCAGCUUCCUGAUCUUUGCGCGGAGGACAGACAUCAGGAUGGUUUCUCUGGACAUCCCCUACUACGCUGAUGUGGUUCUGGCCGUUAACAGCUCCAUGAAAAACACCAUCGCCAUCGGUGUCGACCCCAAAGAAGCGAAGGUGUACUGGUCCGACAGCACACUGAAGAAGAUCAGCAGAGCUUACAUCAACGGAUCAGAACACGAAGACAUCAUAUCUACAGGGCUGGUGACCACCGACGGUCUCGCGGUGGACGCUCGCGGCAGGAAGAUCUACUGGACGGACACGGGGACCAACCGCAUCGAGGUCGCCAACCUGGACGGCUCCAUGAGGAGAGUUCUCGUGUGGCAGAACCUGGACAGUCCCCGAGCCAUCGCGCUCUACCACGAGAUGGGGUAUAUGUAUUGGACAGACUGGGGGGAAAACGCCAAGCUGGAGCGGUCGGCGAUGGACGGAACCGACCGCGUGGUUCUCAUCAGUAACAACCUGGGCUGGCCCAACGGCCUGGCCAUCGACAUGGCUGGCUCACAGCUGCUGUGGGCCGACGCUCACACUGAGCGCAUCGAGGCGUCCGACCUGAACGGGCAGAACCGCCACACCCUUGUGACCCCGGUCCAGCACCCGUACGGUCUGACCCUGCUGGGGCCCCACAUCUACUGGACGGACUGGCAGAGCCGCAGCAUCCAGAGAGCUGACAAGAACACCGGGGCCAAUACCAUCACGGUGCAAGCCAACCUGCCAGGCCUGAUGGACAUCCAGGCCGUGGACAGGGAGAGGCCACUGGGUUUUAAUAAGUGUGGCCAGAGGAACGGGGGCUGCACCCACCUCUGCCUUCCUCGUCCCAACGGCACUUCCUGCGCCUGUCCCACCGGCAUCUUGCUCAAGGGAGACGAGCGGUCAUGUGACGACUCCCCGGAGACGUUCCUGGUCUUCUCCAACCGGGUCAGCGUGCGCAGGAUCUCCUUGGACACCGACGACCACACGGACGUGCACGUUCCGGUGCCGGAGCUGCACAACGUGAUCUCUCUGGACUACGACAGCGUGGACGGAAAACUUUACUACACCGAUGUCACCCUGGAUGUUAUAAGGCGAUCGAAUCUAGACGGCAGUGGGAUGGAGACGGUGAUCAGCCAGGGCCUGAAAACCACAGAUGGACUGGCCGUAGACUGGGUGUCCAGGAACAUGUACUGGACCGACACUGGGCGCAACACCAUCGAGGUGGCCCGGCUGGACGGAACCAGCCGCAAAGUCCUGGUCAACAACAGUUUGGACGAACCCAGGGCCAUCGCAGUGUUCCCCAGCAAAGGGUUCCUGUUCUGGACCGACUGGGGUCACAUCGCGAAGAUUGAGCGAUCACAUCUGGACGGCUCCGACCGGAAGGUUCUGAUCAACACGGACCUGGGCUGGCCCAACGGCCUCACGCUGGACUACGACACCCGAAGGAUCUUCUGGGUGGACGCUCACCUGGACCGGAUCGAGAGCUCGGACCUAAACGGGAAACUGCGUCAGAUCCUUGUGAGCCCGGUGUCCCAUCCGUUCGCCCUCACGCAGUUGAAGCCGGUGUCCUCCCCUCUAACCCCUUUCUCCCGACUCUCGCAGCAAGACCGCUGGAUCUACUGGACGGACUGGCAGACGAAGUCCAUCCAGCGGGUGGACAAGCACACGGGCCGUAACAAGGAGACCGUGCUGCCCAACGUGGAGGGCCUCAUGGACAUUAUUGUGGUGUCACCUCACAGGCAGACUGGUACCAACCUCUGUGGAGUGAAUAACGGCGGCUGCACUCACCUCUGCUUCGCAAAGACCAGCACGUUUGUGUGCGCCUGCCCCGACGAGCCUGAUGGGAAACCCUGCUCCACCAUUUCAGGUUACGUCCCCACGUCUCCCACCAGAGGAACCAGCAGCACUCCUGUCCCCAACAAGAUCCCCAACGCUCCCACAGACACUGCACACAGAGGACCAGUCCCCGUCAACUGCACUGACAAGAACCUGAACAUGGAGGGCUGCACGAGCAACGUGGUGACGGCUCCUCAUGGAGAAGGUCUUCACAUCAGCUACGUGAUCGGGGGAGUUCUGACCAUCCUGGCUAUUCUGAUCCUCAUCGCCGCUCUGAUCAUCUACAGGCACAAAAAGUCAAAGUUCGCCGACCCCGGCGUGAGCAACCUGACCUACAGUAACCCGUCGUACCGGACGUCCACGCAGGAGGUGAAGAUCGAGGCGUCGCAGAAACCUCCGAUAUACAACCAGCUGAGAUACAAGAAGGAGGGGGGAGUGGACGGAGGCUACACCAAGGAGAAGAUCCGCAUUGUGGAGGGCGUGUGUCUCCUGUCCCACGACGAGCUUUACUGGGACGACCUCAAACAGAUCAAGCCGUCCCGAGGCGGCCUGCACACCUGCAUGCGCACCGACACCGUGUCCCUGCAGACCAGCAGCGCCUCGCUGGACGACGGCGAGACGGAGCAGCUCCUCCAGGAGGAGGCGUCCGAAUGCUCCUCCAUCACCACCCUGACUCCUUCAGCCAUCACCCCGCAGCGCCACGCCCAGCACAGCCUGCCCGACACCGGCUGGAGCUCCACGCGCAAGCCCUCCACCGAGAGUGAAGUUUGAGGAACCCCCUCCCCCCCUCCUGUCCUCUGUGCUUUAUCUCAGUCAUUCAACACACACACACACAGACACACACAUGUGUAUUUAUAAGGUAAAUAGGUACAAACUGCAUAUGGAGAGUAACGGUACAGAUGAGCCUGGUUUCAACACAAAUAAGCUUCUAUCAACACAACUCCUGUCUCUGAAAAUGGGGCUCCGUCCUUCUUGUGCACACACACACACAGACUCACACACACACACACACACAGUACAGUCCUUCGACAGUGCCCUCAGUGCUACUGACUUCAGGCAACAUCAUAAACUAAUGAGCAUGCUGGAAGAAGAAAGCAAAUAACUCUGGGGAGGAAGUGAGCGGAGACACGGAGCGUUUCCUGGAGGAGUCAGACUCUCAACAGACGCUUCCCUGUCCACAGCUUCACCUUCUCCUCGUGAACUUGUCUCCUCUUUAUGGACAGAGCCCCCCCCCACACCCCCGAUGCUCUCUAAUACCACUCCUGUCUCGAUGAACCUUUAUUUAUGAACGUUUUUGUACUUGUAGAGUGGGUUUGCUGACUUCCGGAGAGAACGGUGGGAGUUGUUUGUGUUUGAACUUUUUUUUGUUGUGCUGCAGGACCUGGUUAUUCAAGAGUUGUAUUUAUGACAGUGCCAAAGGGUGGGACUUCAAAGAGUCCCUGUGCGUCUCCCUGCAUUUACACUUCCGUAGAAAUGUGUCUUGAUUACAGAUGGUUUCCUUUGCCCUCAGCGGUGCACGACCUCAGUGACGACAUCUGCUUCUGAUUCUUUAUUUCCCCGCCUCCGAAGGGUCAAGCAAGGACUCGCUGUAGCCGAUACUCAAGACUUGUUGCAGAAGUCUUUUCAUCCCCUGCAAAAUAACUGAAAGGAGCAUUUUUGUGUUUAAACAUUUUCAUUUUUCUUGUAAGUUGUGGUUCAACCGUUGUGUGUCCUCGGGCAAAGCUGAGGAAGCCGCGAUGAAGUAACAGCCUAAGUGCCAAACAUUUCGUUCCUUUUCCUCCUUCAGCUGUAUAUUUAUUUUUUCCUCAGAGGUUUUAAAAUGUACAUUACAUUUUUCUGUUUUAUUUUACUUGGUCACCGACAUCACGGGAAGAAAAAAAAACACAUGUUCUCACUUGCUUCUACUCAGCCAUGCAGGUAGUCGUGGUUGUAUUCACCCAGAAGUUAACAGGUUAAUGUCCCCGGGGGUUUGCUGUCCAGACAGGUGAUCAUCUACGAGCACUUAUUUUUACAAUUUAAAGCUCUUUUGAUUUUAAUUUUAAUUUUAUCUGCCUCUAAAAAGCCUCUGUGAAAUCUUUAUUUAAGCACUGAAAAAAAGAGACUUGUUGGACCGACAGUAACUUUUUAUUGAUCACACACUAAAUGAAUGAAUUAAGUUUAAGUAAAAAUUAAGAAAUUAUAGGAAACGGAAAUUGAUUGAAAAACUGACUUUAUUUGUUUGGUUGUUUUUUAAGAUGAUAACCAAUUUUCAUGGCUCACGGCAUCUGUUCUCAGAUCUGUGGGAACGUGCACACAGUCAUAGAUCUGUGUCCUCAUUAAGAUUAAUGUUGAGAAACUGGAUCUGCUUAAUAAACCACAUUUUUCCUUAAGUGUUCCUCCAGAAAAUGUCCUAGAUAUAAAUUCAGUUUUUUGUGUAAUCCAAGAAAUAAACACACAAAAGCAGAUAAAAACACAAUCUCCUUGGUGGAGGCAGAUGUCAUUCGCCCCCCCCCCCCCCCCCAAUAUUUGUGAUAUUUGCAUCACAAGUUUAAUAUCCCUGCUCCUGGAACAUGAUCACAGAAAAUCCAGUUUCCCCUCAGUAGCAGACGUUUCAGAAGUGAAUCCUUCAAACCCUCUGUGUUCACAACCACGAGUAUCUGCCUGACCGAACUCUGUUGAAGGCAAACAAGAACAUUUGUCCUUUUUCACAAUUUUUGAGUUUUGGUUGAACCAUCAACUUUUAAACGUAACGCGUGUGAAGGUGCACGCGCAGCACCGGCCACGGUGCAGUAUAUAACAAAUGGGUAACUUAGAACACUGUGCAUGUCUGACCCCAUCAGACAGUGAGGGUUGUAGUUUUAGAAAUAUAUCACUGACAACAUACUGAAAAAACGAAUUUAAUACGAGUAAAGAUAUUAUGCAUUGCUUUGACUUUUAGAGUACAAUUCUGUCUGUCGUUGAGAUAUGGUACGAGUAAAUACUAUAUUGUUAUAUUGACAAAUAUACCAGUUAGACUUGAUAGGACCGCGUAAUUUUUUGAAGUAUCUGCUCCAAGCUCAGCAACUUGCUGAUUUGCUGCUAGACGAAGCACUGAGGCCAAUGAAAGGGGGUCUGAGGGUCUUGGCAGCUACAUGACCACGGUCUCCUGACGCUGGGUUGACGGCCUCCAGAGCAUCACAGCAACCCGGUGACGGAUCAUCCCGGCUCACUAUCCCUCCACCUCCGCUGCAGGAAUGCUACAACUGUACAGAUUUUAUCGCGCCGAUACAAGAAAAAAACAUUUCUGUUGGGAGAUAUCGCUUUUAAGUUGUAUAGUCUUUUGUACAAAGGGAUUUCAUGAGCGUUUCUAGACUUGUUUUAAUUUUACUCACUGGAGAAGAACAUUAUUUUUUUUCGUUGUUUUUUUUUGCUGGAUUAUUUUAACCACUGUGUUUCCAAGCCUUGUAAAUGAUAGGGAAGGUACCAGUUAUUUAAUAGUGCUCUUUUUAUCUUAUGAAAUACUGGUCGCGUAUAGCUGUUGUAAAGUUAACAAAAAGAGGUAUUUAUGAUUUCUGUUUGGUUGUCACUUGAUGUGUAAAUAUGAAAAGACUGUAUAUGUAUUUCCAUGACAGUACUAACAAGCUGUGUUGUGUGAUAUAGUGAAUUAUCCCUUUGCUAUCUUUUAAUAUAAAAAUUGCAUUUGCAUUUCAAUGCAACUUUCGGCUCA